UACAAGCGGGGUUAAAGCCCACUUUGGGGAAAAAAAGAUCUCGCCUCGCCGAUAUUUUGCGUACGACUAAACAACAAAUUAUAGUUUCAUCAUUCCUUGUCGCGCUAGAAUGCGCGUGCCGUACCUGCUUGGUAUCAAGGGAUGCAAAAGAACCUGAGUAAAAAAGUAGUCUUACCUGUAGCCCGAGUUCUGGCAUCACCUCUCCCGUUUGCUACACCAUUACCUGUACAUACUUGAAAGUCCAGUUUCACCAGCAAGAACAAGAGUGAGAAGGGGAGUUCAUCGGAGCAAAUAUGUCACAGGAGACGGACAACAAGCGCCUAGUAGUGGUGGUGCCAAACGAGACGUCCUUCCACACACGGCGGGCCUACACCAGCGAGGACGAGGCCUGGAAAUCGUACCUGGAGAACCCGCUGACCGCCGCCACCAAGGCCAUGAUGAGCAUCAAUGGGGACGAGGACAGUGCAGCCGCCCUGGGUUUGCUCUACGACUACUACAAAGUUCCCAAAGAAAAGAGACUGUUGCCCAUUACCAAAGUGGUUGAAAUUCCAGAGGACCAUGAAAAGAGGAGCUGCUUGGUGGGUGGUGACAGCCAGGCCAAUUUGGAGGCAGUGGACAACCGUGUUCAGGUCCUGAAAACUGUGCCAGUGAACCUGUCCCUGAACGCCGAACACGAUGUCAAGCGGGAGCAGUACGGGGCAGGGUCCGGGGAGGGCGGAACCGUGGCGGUGGUGAAGACCGAGGUGUACACCCCCAUCUUCAUGAGCCCUGGGGGCCACUACAGGACAGAGGGGGAGGAGCACACGAGGGUGGUAUACGAGCAGAGCGCCUAUGACGUGACCUGCGUUAGCCACGCGGGCUACAUGAAAGAUGACCAGCGCAGCACGCCAGACAGCACCUAUGAUGACUCCUAUCAGGAGAAACAUGAGAAAUACCGCACUUCAUCAUCCAUGGGCACAGACGAUUUCAUCUAUGACCAGCCCGGAGUUGAUACCUUCCAGUACACGAUCGAAGCCACCAAGUCCCUGCGUCAUAAACAGGGGGAGGGGCCUAUGACCUAUCUGAACAAGGGCCAGUUCUACGCAAUCACCCUGAGCGAGACAGGCGCUAACAAGUGCUUGCGGCAUCCAAUCAGCAAAGUGCGGAGCGUGAUCAUGGUUGUGUUCAGUGAGGACAAGAACCGUGAUGAGCAGCUCAAGUAUUGGAAGUACUGGCACUCCCGCCAGCACACGGCCAAGCAGCGGGUCCUGGACAUCGCCGACUACAAAGAGAGCUUCAACACCAUUGGCAACAUUGAGGAAAUUGCCUACAACGCCAUCUCUUUCACCUGGGACGUCAAUGAAGAGGCAAAGAUCUUCAUCACGGCGAACUGCCUCAGCACAGACUUCUCCUCUCAGAAGGGUGUGAAGGGGCUCCCACUCAUGAUCCAGAUCGACACCUACAGCUACAACAACCGCAGCAACAAGCCCAUCCACCGUGCCUACUCGCAGAUCAAGGUCUUCUGCGACAAGGGAGCUGAAAGGAAGAUAAGGGAUGAAGAGAGGAAACAGAACCGCAAAAAAACAAAAGGUCAGACAUGCUCCACCCCAGGAAACAAUGGAAAGGACAGCAGCCCCACGGCCGUGCCCAUGCCCAAGAAGGCAGACACCACAUAUUUUAAAACCAUGACGGACCUGGACUCCCAGCCUGUGCUCUUCAUCCCUGAUGUCCACUUUGGGAACCUGCAGAGAGCAGGGCAGGUGUUCGCCUUCAACACUGAGGAGAUUGAAAGGGAUGGGAGUGUGGUGGUGAAGAGGAUGCUCAGACCGUCUGAGGAUGACUAUUGCCCACCCCCUGCCAAGCAGAUCAAACAGGAAGUGCAGAAGAGAGUGCUUCUGUAUGUGAGGAAGGAAUCUGAUGAAGUGUUUGAUGCCUUAAUGCUCAAGUCCCCUACUCUCAAAGGCCUGAUGGAAGCAAUAUCUGAGAAAUACGGUGUGCCAACCGAGAAGAUGACUAAAAUUUACAAGAAAAGCAAAAAAGGGAUCCUGGUCAAUAUGGAUGAUAACAUCAUUGAGCACUACUCCAACGAGGAUACCUUCAUCCUGGGUAUCGAGAACAUGGCCGACGUAUACAGAGUGACGCUAACCGAAAUCUGAGGGACAGGCAUGUACAUGGGUCGCCACCGGGGGCGAUGCUAAGGAGACAACCCCUCCACAUGAUGCAACAGACAGGACCUCUUCUGUAAAUACAUUAUGGUCCUGACCUCUGUUACUCUCCAAUAUUACUGGGUCCCCAAUGUGCAACAAGGAAAAGGCUUUCAGUUUGGGACUGGAACACUAGUAGCUGGUGAAGGACUCUCUCUGCAUCUGCUUGGGGUCCUUAAACCUCUCAACAGAAAUUACAUCACACCUAGUGUUUCUGAAAGCCACAGGAGUACAGGCAAAGAUUUAACAGUAUGAACAACUGCAUUGCAAUUGUUUUAAAGGAGGUGUCAGUUUCUUUGAGUGGAAACUCAACAGUGGAACUACAGUAGGCCACUGGUCAGAUGUGGGAAACUUCUCAUUCAGGGCAGUUUGGUUUUAUAUUUAAACAAGGAUCUAUUCCUUGUCUUUAUCUCCUCUUUUUCAUGCCUGACGUGGGGCAAAAUGGCUUCUAAAUUCUGGACCCAGUCUGCUGUGCCUGUCAAUGCUUCAAAAGAAAAGCACGUUUACAACGUGAAUUCAUGCCAAACACAGCACUGAAUUAAAGAAUCUUCAAGAAAGCUAUCUUGCACAUUUGCCACAGAACUCAUGUGCCAAACACGCCAAUGAAUCAGUUUGGGAACUUUGAGAAAGCUGGCCUGUAAUUUGGUCUGUGAAUAGAGAUCAGCUUUCAUUUGAAUUGUUCAUUUCAGGCGGCAGAAGUUGUGACAUAUUUCCUUCCAGAUGGUUUUGAAGUGAAAACAAAUUUCUCUACCUUCUGUCCAAAUGUGGCGUUCUUCUGUGCCCAAAGACACAUUAGUGUUUACAGUAACACUAAUGAAUAUUUGUGUGCCUUGUGUCUCUCGUUCUUCACUGAAGGCCUUGGUUUGUAAGCACAGGCUUAACAUUGCUUGUUGUAUGCUGAGGGGCGGGAGGCUUUUACUUCAGACAGAAGUAGACCUUGUCCUCUGUGUGCCCAUUCUAUGGUCCUGUUUCUGACCGAGCCCAUCUGGGCCAAUCCGAGCCAAUCUGGUGUGUCCAGCUCACUGUAGUGACAUCACUACAUUUGGGCCACCGCCCCAAAGGUUGCAUUGACAUGAUCGUAUGAUUUGAUGAAUUUGAGCUCAGUCACAGUGCUUAACUUGUCAAAGCAUUGAACCACAGGGAAGUGUCAUCAUGUUCAUUCUUUUCAAACUUAGGUCCAAUGAGAUGGAGAAAAGAAUGCUUUUUGUAAUAAAAUACCCCUAUUAAUGAUCUAUGCAAGUUUGAAUUACUGCCAUGUUUCUGUCCUGUUGACUCACACUGAUUGGAAUCAUACAUGCUGAUAUUGUUGCCUUAAUGGAAGCCCUUGACAUUUUGAUCCAUGAAAAUUGGUUUCCUUUAUAAAUAAUGAAUGCCCUUUUUCAAAUUCAAAAUGCUAUUAACAGAAUAAUAUGAAUUCAAAAUAAGUGUAAAUAUAGCCCAACUACCAGACAAUUUCCAUGUUGAAAGCAUGACCAGUCAGUGCUGUAGAAAGGUACAUCUUGUAUGGGGGUUAGGGCACUUGUACAAAGUUUUAUUGUAUGUUAUGUUGAAUACAGCAUUACAUUUUUGUACAUAGUUUCUGUUUAAGAAAUAAUAAACAUGUAGUUUUAAAUAAAAAAUCAUCUGA